CCGAACAGAGGUGGUGGAUGGACAGAGAAAACCCACCAACUUCUUCUUCUUCAUCUUCUUCAUCUUCUUCAUCAUCAUCAUCAUCAACGGCUAUGAGUAGUAGCAGUAGUCUCCCUCCACAAGAUGCUUGGACUCUCACUUGCCACAACUUGCUCCCUCGCUGGGAAUCUUUUUCCCUCUCUCAUCAGUCAAUGAUCCCAAUCUCUAUAUCAAGAGUUAACCAAGUUGAUGCAGGAAGACUGGACGUUGAAAUGUCAGCCAUGUUGAAGGAACAAUUGGUUAAAGUGUUCUCUUUAAUGAAGCCAGGAAUGUUAUUUCAGUAUGAAGCGGAGCUUGAUGCCUUCCUUGAGUUUCUUAUUUGGCGGUUCUCAAUUUGGGUGGAUAAACCAACUCCAGGCAUUGCUCUCAUGAACCUGAGAUACAGAGAUGAGCGAGCACUGGAAUCAAGAGAUAAAGUCAGAACUGGUCUGGAGGGACCUGGACUCACCGUUGCUCAGAAGAUUUGGUAUUGUCUUGCCACUGUUGGCGGUCAGUAUAUCUGGGCUCGCUUACAAUCCUUCUCUGCUUUUCGUAGAUGGGGUGAUACUGAGCAGAGACCAUUGGCACGACGUUUAUGGAUCUUGUUACAACGGAUAGAAGGAAUUUACAGAGCUGCUUCAUUUGGAAAUCUGUUGAUUUUUCUUUGCACGGGAAGAUAUCGUAAUCUUAUUGAAAGAGCCUUACGAGCAAGGCUUGUAUAUGGGAGCCCAAAUAUGAAUCGUGCUGUUAGCUUCGAGUAUAUGAAUCGACAAUUAGUUUGGAAUGAAUUCUCGGAAAUGCUGUUAUUGCUUCUUCCUCUUCUUAAUUCAUCUUCUGUGAAAAAUCUCCUUCGACCUUUUUCUAAGGAUAAAUCAUCAAGUUCAGCCGAAGAUGGCACUGCAUGUCCCAUUUGCCAGGCUACACCAACCAUUCCUUUUGUUGCUCUACCUUGUCAGCACAGAUAUUGUUACUACUGUCUUCGGACACGAUGUGCUGCUGCCCCAUCAUUUAGGUGUUCAAGGUGCAAUGAACCAGUUGUUGCUAUGCAAAGGCAUGGUGGUGUCCCCUCGGAAUGAUUGUUACUAAGAGAGAAGUAAAUAAUUUUAGGCUUAGGGAGCAUUUAAUCUAUAUAUAGAAUUAGCAUAUAAUACACUGCCUAGCAUUGUGGUGGUAUUUUUUUUUUUUUUCCCUUUAUUUUGUUUCUCCCUUAUUAUUCACAUUUAAUUUGGAAAAACAAAUCAAAUUUCUUCGCUGCAUCACUCACUCGAUUGAGUGGGAUGUAUUCUAUCUCUCAAUGUAUCAUUUAAGAAAAUUAUUUUCAUUACUCCUGGGACUGAAG